UCUUCUUUCAGAUAAAGAUUCAUUAAUACAUAGAAGAGGCCUCCUGCAACCUCCUAAUUCCCUGAAGAUUAACGUUUAUCAUGCUGAGAUUCGGACAGCACCUCAUCAAGCCCUCCAUGGUCUUCCUGAAGACUGAGCUCUCCUUUGCUCUUGUGAACCGGAAGCCGGUGGUCCCAGGGCAUGUCCUUGUUUGUCCUCUGCGGCCGGUGGAGCGUUUCCGUGACUUGAGUCCUGAGGAAGUGGCCGAUUUAUUUCGUAUGGCGCAAAGGGUUGGCAAUGUGGUGGAGAAACACUUCUGCGGCACCUCGCUCACCAUUUCAAUUCAGGAUGGCCCCGAAGCCGGACAAACGGUGAAGCAUGUUCAUGUCCAUGUCCUUCCAAGGAGGGCCGGAGACUUCAGCAGGUUUUUUGAUGUCUACAAGGAGUUGCAGCAACAUGACAAAGAGGAUUCCCCUGACAAGUGGAGGACAGAAGAAGAAAUGGCAGCUGAAGCAGCAAUUCUGAAGAAGUAUUUUGGGGAAAAUUAAAGGUAACAAAGCGUUUGAAAAACAUUCCGUGACAUAAGAAACUCCUCAGAAAGAAAGACUUCAUUCUCCAGUUCUCAGUGGCCCUGGAGCUGCAGCUGAACAAUUUUAUGAUGUUCUACAAAUAUGGGAUUCUUCCACAAAAAAUUUUAGUGGACCUUUGGAUGACAUCGAGGUUGAAUUUCAGCUAAGACAACUAACAGCACUGAUUCAAAAUAAUGCUCUGAGUAGUAACUCAUAUUUUUCUGAAUUGUGCACUUAGGAACAAAUCUUUUUAAAUUGUCCCUUGGCCUAAAUUGAAAUAAAGCGCUAGCAAAAUCAGGUA